AUGCGUUCCGCUCAAUUCUUUGCCCUCGCGAUGGCUGUCGCUACCUCCGACGCCAUCUCUCAGGGUUUCAACUACGGCUCCACCAAGGUUGAUGGCAGCGUCAAGACCCAAUCCGACUUUGAGACCGAGUUUACAACUGCCAAGAACCUCGUUGGAACCGACAACGCCUUCACCAGUGCCCGUCUGUACACCAUGAUCCAGGGUGACACAACCAACACUCCUAUCUCAGCCAUUCCCGCCGCUAUCAAGGAGAAGACCACCCUUCUCCUGGGUCUCUGGGCUUCCGGCGGUGACAUGAGCAACGAGAUUGCUGCCCUCACAUCUGCCAUCAGCACCUACGGCGAUGACUUCACAGACCUGGUCGUCGGUAUCUCCGUCGGCAGUGAGGAUCUUUACCGUAACUCCGUCACCGGUGUCAAGGCCAACGCUGGUCUCGGUGUCGACCCCGACGAGCUUGUCGACUACAUCACCCAGGUCCGCUCCGCCAUCUCCGGCACUUCCUUGAGCGGUGCCCCCAUUGGCCACGUCGACACCUGGAACUCCUGGACCAACAGCUCUAACUCUGCCGUCAUUGAGGCCGUUGAUUGGCUCGGUUUCGAUGGAUACCCCUACUACGAGAACACCGACCCCAACUCCAUUGACGACGCCAAGUCCCUCUUCAACAAGGGCGUUGAGAAGACCAAGGCUGUUGCCGGCGGUAAGGAGAUCUGGAUCACCGAGACCGGCUGGCCCACUACCGGUUCUACCGAGAACCUCGCUGUCGCCAGCGUCGCCAACGCCAAGCAGUACUGGGACGAGGUUGCUUGCCCCCUGUUGGGCAACACCAACACCUGGUGGUACAUUCUCGAGGAUGCCGGUACUACCGCCCCUAGCUUCGGUGUCACUGGUUCAUCCACCGACACCACCCCUCUGUACGACCUGAGCUGCAAGGCCUCCACAUCUUCCAGCUCUGCUGUUGCUUCCUCCACCUCGGCCGCUGGCAAGACUGCUACCGCCGGUGCCUCCACCACUACCGCUGGCUCUGGCUCUGGCUCUGGCUCCAGCUCCGGUGCUUCUGCCACUGGCUCCGGCUCCGGCUCCAGCUCUGGCUCUGGUUCCAGCUCCGGCUCUGGCUCUAGCUCCGGCUCUGGCUCUAGCUCCGGCUCCGGCUCCGGUUCCAACUCUGGCUCUGGCUCUGGCUCCGGCUCUGGUGCCUCUGCCUCCGGCUCUUCUCCUGCUGCCUCCUCCGUCAGUGCCUCCGCCCCUGGUGUGACCAUCGGUGCCCGUCCCUCCACCAAGCCUAAGUCCAAGAGCGCUUCCGCUGGAUUCGCCUCUCGCACUGCCUCUGGAUCCGCCGCUUCUGCCACUGGUGGCAGCAAGUCCGGCUCAGGAUCUGGUUCCAGCUCCUCUUCCUCCGACUCUGCCGCUGCCUCCUCGAGCGUCCCCGUCAGCUCUGCUACCCGUGUCGCCGGCUCUGCUGCUGGUGCCCUGGUUGCUGCUCUCGCUCUCGCUUUCACUUUCUAA